AUGUGGUUGAAAAUGGGAAGUGAGAAAUUUGAUCCAUUGUGUGAGCAUUUAGAUUGGAAAAUUGUGUGGUUUAAAGAGGUAGGAAGCGAGGCAGAGAAGAUUAGGCAUUUGGAUGGGGUGGGUGGGAAUGAAGAGAUGAGUGAAGAUGGGGAGGGCAAGCUUCAAGUUGUGGUUAGAUUAGGGAAGAUGCAUGGCGCUAUGGUUAGGUUUGCUGAUGCUGAGGAUGAGGAUUUCAUGGUGGUGGUGGAGAAGACGAGGAAAAUUGUAGAGCGAAUCACAAAAAGAGUGUUUGCAGCUCGUUUGACCUCGAUUUUAUCCGAGAGGCAGGGUAAGGCUCCCCAGAAAUAUGAUGCUUAG